CGUUAUUCUCUUUUUCAACGCGAGAUUUUUCCUUUUGACGUCACCCCCCAAGAUGCCUACUAGGUUUAGGAAGACUAGAAAGUUAAGAGGUCACGUUAGCCAUGGGCAUGGCCGUGUUGGUAAACACAGAAAACAUCCUGGUGGUCGUGGCAAUGCUGGUGGUCUGCAUCAUCACAGAAUAAAUUUUGAUAAGUACCAUCCUGGUUACUUCGGUAAAGUUGGUAUGAGACACUACCAUCUCAAGCAAAACCAGUAUUUCUGUCCUACUAUCAACUUGGAUAAACUGUGGUCAUUAGUCAGUGAACAGACUAGACUCAACUAUGCCAAGAAACCUGAUGGUCCAGCUCCCAUUAUAGAUGUUGUUCGCUCUGGUUACUACAAAGUCCUAGGAAAAGGCAAACUUCCAAAGCAGCCCGUGAUUGUAAAAGCAAAAUUCUUCAGCAGGAAAGCAGAGGAGAAGAUCAAAGACGUUGGUGGAGCUUGUGUCCUGAUGGCAUAAAUUUUGAUUUUUAUCACACAAUAAAAUUGCUAUUACUAAAUUG